GGCCCCGCCCCGCCCCGCCCCGCCCGGCCGGUGAAGGUGAGCGUCUCCUCUGGGCCGCGCGGGGGGCGCGCGCUGACCGCCCGCAACGGACCGUGCCGCCCGCCGCCAUGGCCGCCUCCAUCUUCGCCGCCGUCCCGCGCGCCCUGCCCGUCGCCGUCUUCAAGCUCACGGCGGACUUCCGCGAGGACGGGGACGCACGGAAGGUCAACCUGGGCGUGGGCGCCUACCGCACGGACGAGGGGCAGCCGUGGGUCCUGCCCGUGGUGAGGAAGGUGGAGCAGCAGAUCGCCAACGACGCCAGCCUGAACCACGAGUACCUGCCCAUCCUGGGCCUGCCCGAGUUCCGGGCCAACGCCUCGCGGAUCGCGCUGGGCGACAACAGCCCUGCCAUCAAGGAGAACCGGGUUGGAGGUGUGCAGUCCUUGGGUGGGACAGGUGCUCUGCGUAUUGGAGCUGAGUUUCUGAGACGAUGGUACAAUGGGAACAACAACACAGCAACCCCUGUCUACAUCUCCUCUCCAUCCUGGGAGAACCACAACUCUGUGUUUGUGGAUGCUGGCUUUAAAGAUAUUAGAACUUACCAUUACUGGGAUGCUGCUAAGAGGGGGCUGGAUCUCCAUGGUCUGCUGGAUGACAUGGAGAAAGCCCCAGAAUUCUCCAUCUUCAUCCUCCAUGCCUGUGCACACAACCCAACAGGCACUGACCCUACUCCAGACGAGUGGAAGCAGAUUGCUGCUGUCAUGAAGCGCCGGUUCCUGUUUCCAUUCUUCGACUCGGCGUAUCAAGGUUUUGCCUCUGGCAGCCUGGACAAGGAUGCCUGGGCUGUGCGAUACUUUGUCUCCGAGGGCUUUGAGCUCUUCUGUGCACAGUCGUUUUCCAAGAACUUUGGGCUCUACAAUGAGCGUGUGGGGAAUCUGACAGUGGUGGGGAAGGACGCAGACAACGUGCAGCGUGUGCUUUCCCAGAUGGAGAAGAUUGUGCGCACCACUUGGUCCAACCCACCCUCCCAAGGAGCGCGCAUUGUGGCAACUACGCUUACUUCCCCGCAGCUCUUUGCCGAAUGGAAGGACAACGUGAAGACUAUGGCUGAUCGGGUCUUGCUGAUGCGUUCAGAGCUCCGGUCUCGCCUGGAGUCCCUUGGGACCCCAGGUACCUGGAACCACAUCACAGAGCAGAUUGGCAUGUUUAGCUUCACAGGGCUUAACCCUAAACAGGUGGAGUACAUGAUCAAGGAGAAACACAUCUACCUGAUGGCCAGUGGGCGCAUCAACAUGUGUGGCCUGACUACCAAGAACCUGGACUAUGUGGCCAAGUCCAUCCAUGAAGCCGUCACAAAGAUCCAAUGAAGCACAUGAACAACCAAACUUACAUGAAGUCACCAAAGCUGUAGUGUGUAGUCCAUGUCUUUGCCUGCUCGUGGCUUGCCUUGUCCACACCUCUUGGGGUUUAAUAAAGAUGGGAGCAGCAGCUCAAUCAGGGAUAAUCAUCUUUUGGCCUUUCUGAAAGACCCCUUGCAAUAUGGCAAGCCAGUUCCCCCAGGAGGUGGGGGCAGCACGAGCCUUCUUGGCUCUUGUUUGACUGACAGCAGCCUGAUCUUCAGGUGCGUAGAACUGUAUCUGUAGCACAUCCAAAUCAACCCCAUGUAACUGAUCAGUUUGGCCCAGGCUGAGUCCUGUACCAGUGCAGUGUGUUAUGGGAUAAUGGCCCAAAUGGUUGGGCUGUCACCGGGUCUGUGGACUGGUGUCACUUGGUAGUAUUUUGGUGGGGGUGAAGCCAGUGCUGACUUUUCCCCCACCCAGUUCUGAGCCUUAUGCGAGCAAACACUUAUAAUUGUGGUAACUGCUUCUUUGUGUUGCUGACAGAAAAUUAAACCUCCAUCUCUGAAAACUA